AUGGUGACCCUGGCCCCGCCUUUUCCGGCGCUUGUCCAAGCCGUUCCUCUGCUCAUAUUGGUGCUGGGGUUCCUCCACUGGGGGCCUCCGGCGGUCGGGGCUCAGAACGACACGGAGCCACUGGUGCUGGAGGGGAAGUGUCUGGUGGUGUGUGACUCCGCCCCCUCGGCGGAGCCCUCCUCCUCCGGCGGCGCCCUGGGCAUGUCCGUCCGCUCGGGGUCGGGCCGCGUGGCGUUCUCCGCCGUGAGGAACACCAACCACGAGCCCUCGGAGAUGAGCAACCGCACCAUGACCAUCUACUUUGACCAGAUCCUGGUCAACGUGGGCGGCCAUUUUGACCCAGCACGGAGCAUCUUCGUGGCUCCCAAGAAAGGAGUCUACAGUUUCAGCUUCCAUGUGGUCAAAGUUUACAACCGACAGACGAUACAGGUGAGCCUGGUCCUGAACAGCUGGCCGGUGCUCUCUGCCUUCGCGGGGGACCAGGAUGUGACCCGGGAGGCGGCCACCAACGCCGGGCUGGUGCUGAUGGAGCGGGGGGACAAGACCUCCCUCAAGCUGGAGAGAGGCAACCUGAUGGGGGGCUGGAAGUACUCCACCUUCUCCGGCUUCUUGGUCUUCCCUUUGUAG